AAAGUCGAGUCACUUCCUCCUUGUGCGCUCCCAGCAGCAAUAACGAACCAGCCCACAACUUUUUCGUCUCUCCUUGCGCUCGAUGGCUUGCUGUCAGCUGGUCGAGACAGAAGUUGCGCCACUUUACGUUAGCUGCUUCUGUUUAUUCUAAAGUCCUUCAUUUUGGAGAGUUCGAAGACGAUUUGGGCGUCUGUGCGGAGUUUUUUUCCCCCCAAAGUACAAUGGCUCCGACCUAGCCCAACUUUUUUUCGGAGCCACAUAGAGAGGAAGAGUUCCGCGGAGGUGCCGUUGCCCUUUUUUUAGGUGGUUUCAUGUAAGUGGAAGCAAGCGGGCGAGCAACAUGAAGAAACAGUUCAACCGGAUGAGGCAACUGGCCAACCAAACAGUCGGGAGGGCCGAGAAGACCGAGGUGCUGAGUGAUGACCUCCUGCAGAUCGAGAGGCGCAUGGAGCUGGUGCGCUUGAUGUCGCACAACACGAACAAGAGGCUGGUGUCCUGCCUGCAGGGUCAUUUGGGCACAGACACCGAGAAGCGACACAAAAAGCUGCCCUUGACGACGCUGUCUCAGGCCAUGCAGGAGGGCGGCUCGCAGCUGGGCGACGAAAGUCUGAUCGGCAAGAUGAUGGACGUGUGCGGCGAAGCCGAGGGCAGGUUGGCCAGCGAGCUGAUGCAGCACGAGGUGCAGAUCGAAAGAGACAUUCUGGAGCCUCUCAACACGCUGGCCGAGGUUGAGAUUCCCAACAUACUGAAACAGAGGAAGCAACUGGCCAAACUGGUCCUGGACUACGACUCGGCAAAGACCAGGUGGUACCAAGCGACCAAGUCCAGCAACCAGGCCAUGGCGGCUAAGGUGGACUCCCUCAAGGACGAGAUGGACGAAGCUCUGAACAAAGUGGAAAUAUGUAAAGACCAGCUAUCGGCAGACAUGUACAACUUUGCGUCCAAAGAAGGCGACUACGCUCGCUACUAUCUCAUGUUAUUGGAGGCCCAGGCCGAGUACCACAGAAGGUCUUUGGCAGCUCUGGAGGAAGCGAUACCGAAUAUUCAGUUGCAGCAAGACUCCUGGACGGAGAAGCCGGCAUUCGGCACCGCCCUGGAGGAGCAUCUGAAGCGGAGUAACCGAGACAUUGCGCUGCCCAUCGAGGCCUGCGUCAUGAUGCUGCUGGAGACCGGGAUGAGGGAAGAGGGUCUGUUCAGAAUAGCAGCGGGAGCUUCCAAACUAAAAAAGCUGAAAGCGGCAUUGGACUGUUCGACGUCCCAGCUCGAAGAGUUCUACUCGGACCCUCACGCCGUCGCCGGAGCCCUGAAGUCCUACCUCAGGGAACUUCCUGAACCUCUCAUGACCUUUGGCCUGUAUGACGAGUGGACGCAGGCGUCCAAUGUGUCUGACCCUGACAAGCGACUUCAGGCUUUGUGGGUGACAUGUGACCAUUUGCCAAAGACUCACAAAGCCAACUUUAGGUAUCUGGUGAAGUUUCUGGCCAGACUGGCUCAAAACUGCGACAUCAACAAAAUGUCUCCCAGCAACAUCGCCAUUGUGCUGGGCCCCAACCUGCUGUGGGCAAAGAUGGAGGGGACUCUGGCCGAAAUGGCGGCAGCGACGUCGGUCCAUGUGGUCGCCAUCAUUGAGCCCAUCAUCCAGCACGCUGAUUGGUUCUUUCCUGAAGAAAUGGACUUCAACGUGUCAGGCAUGUUCGCCAUGCCCACCCACCCAUCCACGUCGGACGGCGAACCGGACAGGAAGCGCCCCGGCAGCCUGGUGGUGCAAGACGGGGACACGCAGUCUCCCCGCAAAGACAGCACUGUUAACAAACCUCCGGAGGCAAGCCCACGUAGAGCCGGCACCACCAUUAGAAAGCAGCCACAGCUAAGCUCGCCCAACUUGCAGCCGCCACUGCCCCACCAGGAAGGCGGGGGUCCCGCCUGCUUUGAGCCCCUAACUGCCGCCCUGGAGAUCGAGCCCGGCGGCGCAGGUGCCGGGGGCCGGCUUGCUGCCGUGCUACCUCACUUGGUCUCCCAGGCGGGCGUGGAGGAGAGCAGCCCGGCUCGGGAGCUCAUGUCCACGCCGCCUCCGCAGAGGAAUGGUUCAGCUCAGCUUACAGCGGGAACGUCGCAUUCCCAGAGUGGAUCCAGGGGCCCCAGCCCUCACAUGGUCCGCAGAGGGACCAAGAAACAGGCGCCGGCACCACCCAAACAAGCCAGUCCUUUCGCCUCUCAGCCUGCCAGCCAAACUCCGGGGUCCCCUCACAAUCCCGCCAUCAAUCCCAGGCGCCACUCGGGCAAAGAAAGCCCCAUCCAGGCUCCCAGCCACCCUCCCCCGCAGCCGCCCCAAGCGUUGGUACCGGGGGAGCCGCCGUCGCCGCCCAGGACGCCCACGCCGCCCGACACGCCACCUCACGACGGCGCCCACUCCCAGCCACCCGUGUACCACUACGGCUCGCUUCCCCGUCCCGCCCGGCCGGCACCCAAGCCGCGGCCCCGGCCUAACAUGCCGCCGCCGCCUCAACCGGCUGUCAGCAACGACAGCUGCAACGGCCUCGUCGGCUCCUCGUCCAAGAUCAUCACAGACGGCGACCUGGAUCUGAAGGGGGCCAGACGAGUGUGGAUCCCGGGGAUGGUAGCGAGCCCGCAAGCGGCGCCGCCCGCCACCCUGCCGCCGCCACUCGACGCACACACGGAGAGCACCUCGCUGUGAGCGGGGCGCCAUGCGCCCCUUUUACGCCGCCGCCAGGUUCCGCUCAACACCUUAGGAACGCAUUUCUGACAAUCUGAUGGCAGGCUUGAUCCAAAGGCUUUUUUUCUGUGAAUCUAUUUAACACGGCAGCCAAGUGCGAGUGAAAUUGCGUGGAACAAAGACAGAGCAAAACAGAAAGGGGAUGAAAACGAGGUGCUGUUUUGGCUUGUGUGGUGCCGGUUGUUGACCAAAGUGCAAUAUUGUGCACCGACUGUCUUCCAGUGGCUCAUAUUUGGUUUGUUGUAUAUUUUGGGGACUGAUUUGUGACAUUUUUAAUUGCUUUGAGGAUAUAUUCGUUAUUUGGUCCAAAAAAUGAUUUAUAUUUAAAAAUCGGUAUUGACAAUGGUUGGUAAUGACCAACUGUGCUCCAAUAUUUCAAAGCUUUGACCAAAUAUAGCCCAACGUUUUCAUAUCGUUGCCAAUCUUCACCUUUAUACUAGUAAUACUGAAACAUGAGACCGUUGCUGCGCCAUGACUUGUGAUGAUUAAAGUUUUACAAUCUUGU